UUUGAAAGCGGCGCGCGAACCGCCGUGAGGGCGAGAACGCCUCGUUAAGCUCUGCGCUGCUCCGUGUCUCGGUUCUCUCCGCCGCAUCCUCUGCACGAAUUGCUGUAGUUUUAAGCUCGUCGAUCGUCGGCGAUGAAAGGCGGCGGCGGCGGGGGUGGCGACAAGCCGGCGGGCGGCGGAGUAGCGUCCCUGCUGCGGCUGGAGUCACAGGGGUCGCUGAGGCGUCUGUCCGUCGCCGCCGGAUUCUGCUGCUUCUUCUUCCUCCUUCUCGUCUUCCUCCUCUCCUCCGGCCACGACGCCAUUGGCCUCGACGUCCUGGGAGCAAGGGCGUCGCUGCGGCUGCGCGCCGCGCCGCCGCAGGGACAGGGAGCGAGCGAGAGCCACGGCGACCUCCUGCAGCAGAGGAGCAACGCCGCCGCCGCGGACGACGAGGCAGCCAAAGAACGCGUGCACGUAGCCAAUGUGGCCAACCAAACGGCGGUGGCCGGAGCGCGGACGACGAGUGACGUGGAGAGAGAAUCGGAGAUGGUGCCGGCGGCGAACUCCGACGGCGACGGCCAAGCGGCGGCACCAGGGGACAACACGACGCGUUCAGAUCGCCUGGACCAGCCGCGACCGCCGCUGUGCGACUUCUCCGACCACCGCAGCGACGUCUGCGAGCUCUCCGGCGACAUCCGCAUGGACGCGAAUGCCUCGUCGUUCUUCCUCGUCGUCGACCCAGCGAGCGCCGGCGCAGGCGGGGCGACGUACAAGGUGCGGCCGUACGCGCGGAAGGGCGACGCCACGAGCAUGGGCCGCGUCACCGAGGUCACGGUGCGGACGACGACGACGGCGGCGCCGCGGUGUACGAGGACGCACGCGUCGCCGGCGGUGGUGUUCUCGAUCGGCGGGUACACGGGCAACCUCUUCCACGACUUCACCGACGUGAUCGUCCCGCUGUACAACACCGCGCGGCGGUACCGCGGCGACGUGCAGCUCGUCGUGACCGACGCGGCCCGGUGGUGGCUCGCCAAGUACGGCGCGGUCCUGCGCGGUCUGUCGCGCCACCCGCCGCUCGACCUCGCCGCGGCCCGCGCCGCCGGGGAGGUGCACUGCUUCAGCCACGCCGUGGUCGGCCUGCGCGCGCACGGGGGGGAGCUCACCAUCGACCGCGAACGCAGCCCCGACGGGCUCGGGAUGCCCGGCUUCACGCGGUUCCUCCGGCGCGCGCUCUCGCUGCCCCGCGACGCGCCCACGCGCCCCGGCGGCGGCGGCGCGCCCCGGCCUCGCCUGCUCGUCAUCUCCCGCCGCGGCACCCGCCUGCUGCUCAACACCGACGCCGUGGUCCGCGCCGCGGAGGAGGUGGGCUUCGAGGCCGUGGUUAGCGGCGAGCUGUACGCGACCACCGCCGCCGACGUCGCGGACACGGGGCGGCGCGUCAACUCGUUCGACGCGGUGGUGGGCGUGCACGGCGCCGGGCUGACGAACAUGGCGUUCCUGCCCCCCGGCGCGGCGGUGGUGCAGAUCGUGCCGUGGGGCGGGCUGCGGUGGGUGGCGCAGCUGGACUUCGGCGCGCCGGCGGUGGCGAUGGGGCUGAGGUACAUCCAGUACGAGGUCGCCGUCGACGAGAGCACGCUCAAGGACAGGUACCCGCGCGACCACGAGGUGUUCACCAACCCGACGGCGCUGCACAAGAGGGGGUUCGCGUUCGUCAGGCAGACGUUCUUGAAACACCAGGACGUCGCCGUCGACAUCCGCCGCUUCAAGCCGGUGCUGCUCCAGGCGCUCCACAGCCUCGCCGCCUUGUAGCUUGUUACUGCAUACUCAGUAUAUAUAUGCACCGAAUUACCAAAAAUUAUUAUAACCUUAGGUUACAUUCGUAGCCGGAGCGGGCUCCGUAUAUAUGGUUUGGAUAUAGAGGCCGGGUUUAGUUAAUUCAUUUACUACAAAUUUAUAGCCGGAGCUAGUUAAUUAAGAUACGCUCUAUGAUUAAUUCUUCCUUGUAGGCAUUCUUUGACUCAUGGGGCUAACGUUAAUCACCCAACAUGGAAAUUAGAGGAUAUGAAAAGCUACAAUGCAUCCAACUAAAAUUGGCAAAAAAUACAUCAAGCUUCCUAGAAAUGAAAGGAAUAGAGGGUGGUAAUAUAUAUUUUAUUUGUACUCCUGUAAACAUUCCCAAUGGUGAUGGCUGGUGACAGUGAAUCUGCCACCUACCCCACCAACUCUCUAAUUAC